AUGAGCCUGCGCCCAUCCUCUCCGGAUCGACUCCCUAUGGCAGUCGAAGCAGACGCCUUGACGCUGUUGCGCUUAGAACAUGACGCGCAACGCGAACAACUCGCGUCUGAAGCUGAGGUUCGGCGCUUGCGAGAUGAUAAUGCGAUUCUGGCUCAGCAGCUGCGCGACGAGCGCGUACAUCACGAUACUCAGAUGAUUCGCAUUCGCGAAGACCACGCACUGGAGCUGAAGACGAUACGUGAAGAAACGGACGACUUGCUUCUUGAAGCGGCAGACCGCAUUGAGGAAGCUGAAGCGCAGACGGUUCCGACGCACCCUGGACCGGACGUGGUGUCGUAUGACAUACCGCGACUAGAAGAGGACCUGCGAAAGGCGCAGGUGAAAAUUGCAUCGCUUCAGGAAGCUUUGGUGUCUACGAGACGUGAUCUCAAGAUAAAGUCAAACGAGCUAUUUGAUGCGGCGAAGGCCGUCAGGGUGUCUAAAGAACUCGGAGAGUUGUAUCGCUCUAAAGCGGCGAGACUCGAAGAACGGGCUCGUCAAGGCUCUCAGCGCAGGUACCGGGAUGUGCCGAUCCAGUGUAACGAAACAGACGCCAUUCUCGACACGCAGUCGAUGAUUCCACCGAUCGCGACACUUGAAUCGGAUCGAGGAGCCAGCACGCUCAACUCUCAAGAUGUCAGAUCCGCGGAGAACUCAGAAGGUCAAAGGGCCACUGGAAGCGUUCAUAUAUCGGAAGGGUUAAGACGAUCAACACGUCGACUCGCGCAAACUCCAGUCAAGUCUGAUAGCGACUCGAAGCAAACGAGCGCGAAACGUCGAGCACGAGAAGACCCCGGAACCCCCGCUCCAAAGCGCGCACGAACCAGCAAAACAAAUGACGUAGACCAUAGCGAAACCCAUGUACUACGAGAGUCUAUUCCCUCAUCCCUGACUGAGCGGAUAGCUGGUUUAGGCACCAUUCCCUUGACCAUUCCGGCUAGCUACCUCCCGAGUGAGCACUCACCAGUGGGAUGGGUGAAGCGCAAGAUGAUUGGGGAGAACUACGCAGUUGCCCGGCAAGCAUUCACAGGGUAUCUGAAACAUCUUCCCGGUACUAAGGAGCCGCGGCGCGCGAUAUUUGCCAAUACGCAGCAGAAUCCUGGUCUGCCUACCUUUCCAGGUCAGCCCGGGACGAUGAUCGUGAGCCGCGGAGACAUUCUCAAGAUCACGGAGCCUACAAGUCUCUUCAUCUCUGCUGUCGGUCAACCUUGGUGGCUCUAUGUCGGAGACUUUAUGCUCAACAUCGAUCAACCACUAGCUAUCGCAGAAUGGAAAUCUUUGCCGGAGAAGACACGUUCAAGCUGGGCCACUGCGCUUUGCGACUAUGGGCAAUCGUGGGAAGAUUAUCUAAAAAUCAUGGUCCGAAUCGCACGUAGGCGUAACGGAGAAACAGUGGAAGAUGGAGAUGUCAUGAGUGAUGUGCGUUUACUGAAGAGCCUCAAAGAGUCCAAACCUCCUUCUAGGCUACUUUUACAAAAGCACGACGUGCUCCAAGCGCUGGAUCGUGGAGAUGAGACUAUUGAUGUCGUGGUUCUGCAACCCCACUCCGUCGACGAGGAUCUCUAUUGCGAGCUAUGGGACAUCCAGACUGGGAAGGUGACCCGGAAUCCUCGACGACCGUAG